UUCAGUCCGUGAAGGGCCAUGAUGAGAAGCUGGGUAUCUUGAGGAGAGCCGUAGUACACAUGCGCAGCAGGACAGUUACCAUAGCGCUGCUCCGACCUGCUGAGUGACUUGAUUCUUCAAACUCUCCAAUUCCAAGGACACUGAACGAUUUAAUCCAUGUUUACGGCUGCUUUUUUAAUUGUUUCGCGUUGUCUUGCCAGUUUGCGUUUGUUCAUUAAGUACGUUUUACUUUUUUGAAGCACCUGCCCGGUUGACAGACUAAUCAUGGGAUAUCAAGCGGCGGAAAUCUGCGUUUGUCUUUGAACAGAAGCAUCUAUAUGUACAUAUUUAUGUGUUAAAUUUUAAAGUCGCUGUCUUUCACCGGAAAAAAUGAACGGCUUCAGUCAAAGGCUGAGACGCACAUCUCCCAUGUGGGGCAGCAGCAGAAAUGAGCUGGUCCCCUCCAAACCUCCCAGGAUGAAUGGAUGGUCGUGGCCGCCUCAAGCCUUCCAAGUGGUCGGCUGGUUGGUGUACAGCUACCUUGCCAUAGUCAGCUUUGGUAUCUAUAUCCCUCUUCUGCCUCAGCCGUGGAACCAUGUGCUCUAUUCUCUGACAGGCAUAGCAUUUAUUGUACACUUUUUCACCCAUAUUGCUGCUGUUACUAUAGACCCAGCAGAUGCCAGUGUCAGGGCCAAACAGAACUACUCCAAUCCAAUGCCACUUUUUGACCGGACAAAGCAACCACAUGUCAUCCAGGACCUACACUGUUAUCUGUGUGAUGUCAAGGUUGGCCCCAAAGUAAAACACUGUGGCGUUUGCAACAAAUGUGUGGAAGACUUUGAUCACCAUUGCAAAUGGCUGAACACCUGUGUGGGUGGCAGAAACUACUGGUGCUUCUUUGUGGCACUAUCCUCUGCCACACUAGGUGUCUUCCUGCUUGUUGUUGUCAUCUUGUUCAUCUUUAUUCAGCAUUACCUGGACCCAAACAUUCUACGGACCGCUCCACAGUUUGGUAGUAUUCCAGGGAAUGAGACCUGGCUGGCAUUUUUACCAAUAGCACCAAUAAGGACUAGCUCAGCUGGUCUCCUUAUAUUAGCCUUCAUAACAGUCAUGCUGAGCAUCACCUGCCUGCUGCUGCUCUGUCAUCUGCUAGGUUUUCACUUUUAUCUGUUUUAUAAAGGCAUAAGCACAUAUGAUUAUGUAAAGAUGCAGCGCCAAAAAGAAGCUAGAAACCGAGACACUGAAUCGGGAAAACCUAAUGAUGCCAAAACCCAUAACAAGACCACACAGAACAAAAAGAACUCAAUUGACUGUGAGCCUGCGUUAUCACAGAGUUCAAGUACCUGCAAAUUUGACGAUAGAGGCCCACUCAGCAGCCGACUCUCAGAGUCCAUAUGUACAGAGUUGGAAAUCUUCAAGAAAUCAGCAGAAAGGGAAAAUAGUUUUCAUUAUGGCACAGAAAAUCCCACAGAGAACACAGCAAGGAAAAUGUCUCGGAGUGACAUCAAAAGCUGCAAGCCUGAUGCUGAUGACGAGCCUCAGAGCCCCAGUGUGAAGUCUGUUGACACUGUCCCUGGGGUGCAGGACCCUCUGGGCAGCUUGGUUAUGACCCCAGACAAUACCUAGCAGUAACUGAUGUCUGCAUGGUGGGGCAUUAGGAUAUGCUGCUUUCAGGAACUACUUAUUAAGAAAUUAUACUUAAUGAAACUGAGCCACGCAACCCUGGACACAUUGUUGACAGGGAUAGAGGACAACUUGGACUUCACCCCACAGUCUGAUACACAUUAUGGAAGAGUUUUUUUGUUUUUUUUUCAUCAAGUGGACAUUUUGAUUGCAGGCUGUAUAACUGUGGACCCUUUAUUGUUCUUUAUUCCAUUUUUAUCUACACUAUGUGUUUUUAUGAGAGCUGAAUUAUUUAAACCAUUGUUUUAUCCCACUGACUUGUACAGAGAGCCGGAGUCAAGCCCCACUUCCAGGUUAGCCUCUGUUCGACUAGCCUGAGUCAGAUAAAUGCAGUGUAUUUAUUUUGGCAUCCUCCUGAAGGACUUAAACACAAUACUGGAGUUUACUGGUCAUAAACUAAGCCAGAUGGGCAUCAAGUACUGUACACCUUGUCAUUUUUUCUAUAGACCAAAGAGAGAAUCUUACAUGGCAAAAUACAUUGUCUUACUGAAAGUAGUGGAGCAGAUAAUAGCUUGAAAAGGGCGCAGAUCUCCGUUGUUGUUUUAUUUAACUGUUCAUUUCCAGAUUUUUUUUAGCGGCUGUUUUUAGCAAAAUUUGAUAGUAAACCAUUUAAAUACACCAUGUUUGCUCCAGUAUUUUUUUUUUUUCUUCUUUAGCCACUUGACGACAAAGUGGCACUAUAGAAAGCCAAAGUCCCACCAUCUCCAGCUUCUUCAGGUUUCUGGGGUUUAUGGCUACAUUCCAAGCUAAAUGGGUAUCCACUGGUUAAAUUUGGCAAAAUAUGAACACUCAUCCAUCAGCUACAGCUUUGACGGUUUACCUAUAGCUGUCACUCAUGUUAAGCUAAAUAUUGAAAUUCAGAAAUGUCCCUGUGUGUGUUGCUGCAUUUCUUUCUUUUCUAGCCAUUCAAGAUGAAAAAAAAAACAUUGUCAUUGCACAGAUCAAUGCAAGAGGAUAUGUAAAGGGAAUGCUAACAUACUUUAGCUAAAAAUAUAUCAUCAGGCACAUGAAAUUAAAUGGCUAGUCUGACUACUAACAUAUGGUAGUAUCAAUAGAGGAACAGCUAAACAAAAUUUAGUAGAAUGGCAGUUGCAGACACAUUAGUAGGUCAACAGGAAGGUACAGGAAUGGAUGAGGAAACUGGACUUUGAUCUCAUUCUGCCACUGAAAUUAGACCGAAAGAAGACCGUUUGACAGCAGAGCGAUACAUGGCCAUUUUAGAGGGCAAGCUCACAAGAUGGUGCACUAGAAUGACUCAUCUUGCAAGAACUGUUCGCUGUGUUGAUGCCAAGGUUGGCAGUGCAGCCUGUUUACCAACACAUAUCCCAUGCUGGGUACUGACUGAAGGUAAACUUCUACUUGCUGUGCCAGUCAUCCAGCUUGUGAACGGAGCUACUCUACUCUUAAAUGAACAUUACCCACUGCAGUAUUAAAGCUCCGCAGCCCCUGGAUGCUUUUAUGGUCACAGCCACUGAGCAAGAUGUUUUUAAGGACCUUGGGUAAUGCCCUUUAUUAUUAGUGGCAUAGUAAAGAGAACUGAGCUGUUCCUGAAGCUGCCAAUUCAAUAAUGAGACUCCUUAAUGGUUGCUACCUGUGGCCUUUGUAUGAUUCAAGCCAGCUUUCUCUGAAGAAGCCUUCUCACUCAGUUUGUUUUGGAGAGGACUGCCUGUGAUGUGCCAAUCCACUCCUUUUAGUCUGUCUCCUCCUUCUACAUCGACUUUAUUCUUGUUGGGGAAUAAUCUAUGAGAAACAUCAGCUGCUGGAACUCUGAGUCGGAGGAAGAGCCUCGGAGAAAAGAUAUGCAGCUCUCAUAAACUAUUUAUGAAAUUUCCUUCAUGAAACUGAGCCUCAUGACCUUACACCUUUGUUCUAUUUCUUAUAAAAGUACUGAGGUUGACUUGGACAGGAUGCUACAGUUUGAUAGACACAGAAGAACUUUUUUUUUUU